UUGACGCACCGCCUGCGUGACGUCAUCAUUAGAUCAUUUCCCGGAAGUGCAAUUACUGCAACACGGAAGCGUUGGAAAGAAAACAAAUAAUCGUUUAAAUUUGAGUCGAGUUGAAGUCGGAGGACGACCAAAGUGCCCUUUUUCUUUUGAAUCUUUGUCUUUACACCCUUGGCUCUGGUUUACGAUGGAGUUCCUGUUUGGGAAGAGGAAGACUCCGGAGGAGAUGCUGAGGCAGAAUCAGAGGGCGCUGAACCGGGCCAUGAGAGAGCUGGACCGAGAGCGGAUGAAGCUGGAGCAGCAGGAGAAGAAGAUCAUCGCCGACAUCAAGAAAAUGGCCAAACAGGGACAAAUGGAUGCAGUGAAGAUCAUGGCGAAGGACCUGGUCCGCACGCGGCGCUACGUGAAGAAGUUCAUCAUGAUGAAGGCCAACAUUCAGGCCGUCAGCCUGAAGAUACAAACGCUCAAGUCCAACAACAGCAUGGCGCAGGCCAUGAAGGGAGUCACCAAAGCCAUGGCCACCAUGAACAGACAGCUGAAGCUGCCCCAGAUCCAGAAGAUCAUGAUGGACUUUGAGCGGCAGAGUGAAAUCAUGGACAUGAAAGAGGAGAUGAUGAAUGACGCCAUAGACGACGCCAUGGGCGACGAGGAUGACGAGGAGGAGAGCGACGCCAUCGUGUCCCAAGUUCUGGACGAGCUGGGCCUCAAUCUGUCCGACGAGCUGUCGAAUCUUCCCAGCACCGGGGGCAGCCUGUCGGUGGCCGGGGGGAAGAAGGCGGAGCCCCAGGCCGCUCUGGCCGACGCCGACGCCGACCUGGAGGAGAGACUCAACAACCUGAGACGGGACUGAGGCAGAAAACCAUCAGCGGGGGGCGGAGCCGAGCGGUCGGCUUCAGGAGGCCGGGGGCCUCAUAAAAGGCGUCCGGCUUUCUGUUUGAGGUGUUUUCAGUUUGAGUUUGUCUCUGUGUCGUGUAUCUUUUUGCAAAAACAAGAAAAAAUAUUACAAGGGUCUUUGUCCUCCUUAGGUCUAGCGAAUCAUCGUCUCCUUUCAGGCCAAAUGACACAGAUUUACGCAGUUUAUUUCUUUAUUUCUUCAUCUGUGUAAAUACUUACAGCUCCAAGCACGUUUUCACAGCUAACACUAAUCACGUCAUAUUUAAAGGAAACCAAAACAAAGCUGGUGGUAUUACAGAAAACGAGAUUUUAUAUAUUGACAUUUAGGGAUAUCAGCGCAUUUUAUACAUGAGGCAGGUUUGGUGUUUGUAACGUGAUGAGCUGAGAUGGUCUUUUGUUCUGUUGGUGAGCAGAAGACGGUGGAUAUUUCUUUGAGAAAAACGUGUCCGGCUGCUUCUGAAGCAGCACAAACACACUCCUGCAUCUCCUCUCGAGGCGUUUUAGUUUUUUUCUGAAAUCACCAAAAUGUUUAAUAAGCAGUUGGUGGCGUUUAUUUUUAAAAACUCAACUUUGUUUUCUUUUCUUUACUCAAUAAACUUUUUUUCCAGGUUUAAAUAAC